AUGAACGCAAGUGCAGCUGGUACAGCCGCUUUUGCUUUUAUAGCAUUUGUGCUGUUAAUUCCUCCCUUUGCAUGGCAUGUCAAAUGCGCCAACAUUCCUGCGAUCCUAUUGAUGUUCUGGUUGAUGUUGAUCAACAUCAUUUGCUUCAUAAACACCAUGAUUUGGAGUGGGGAGAACUUUAGCGAAGUAUACGAUGGACAAGGCUGGUGCGACGUCACCAUUAAGCUAGAAGUUGGCGCCAACAUUGGCAAAUUGUGCGCGAUUGCCUGUCUCGCGAUGAAUUUGUACAUGAUUCUAUGUGCCAAGCACCCCGUGUUCAUGGACUCCAAGAACUGGAGAAAGAAAGCUAUCGACUUGUCGAUUUGUCUUGUUUUCCCCAUCUUCAUGAUGGCGGUCAACUACGUGAUUCAGGCAAAGAGGUACACCAUUUUCAGGUAUCGUGGAUGUGUGGCUACCUAUUCGUACACUGGCGCCACCAUCGGGUUGUAUUUGGUUUGGCCCAUCGUUUGGAGCGCCGUCGCUGCUAUAUUUGCCGUGUUGACGUUAUACAAGUACUUGCAAAAAAGAAAAGACGUCAAGGAUAUCUUGUUGUGCACAAACUCGGGUCUCAACCUUAAGCGGUUCGCUAGACUUUUGAUCUUCAGUUUGUUGAUUAUAUUCGCAAUGACGCCGCUUUCGAUUUACUACUUUGUCGAUUCCGUCAAGUACAUCCAGGGUCCGUUCAGUUGGCUGCAGACCCACGAUGACAAUUGGGGCGAGAUCGACUUUUACGAUUUUGGUUUUGCCACCAUGAUUGAUAAGCUGGUCAAUGCGGCCUUGUCAAUCAUUGCGUUCUUGUUAUUCGGGCUAGGUACAGAUGCCGUUGGAAUGUACAAGGCCCAGUUUAGAAAAGUGCAUCCGAAAUCGCACCUGGAGCCAUUGUCUAAGCAGAGCACCUACGUCCAAAACGGCUCGCCUACAAAGAUGAACUCGAACAAGUCUCAAUUUAGCGAAAGCACAAACUAUAGCGAGCCCACCAUGCAUGAGUUUAGUGAUUUCCAUGACGUCAUUCGCGAGUUUGGCAACCAUGAUGAUGAUGAUGAUGAUGAUGAUGAUGAGAAGGGCAGUGAGACAGGAGAGAUAACAAAGACAACAGAAUACCCACAAGAGGAUACCAUUGGAGUGAUUGAUGUCGAUGAAAAGAAUCUAAAUGCUGAUUUCGUUUACACCUACGAAGUGAAGCAAAAGGUCUAA